AUGUUAAUUUUGUCGCUUUUAAACAAGUAUGAUGAUCUGAUUUUGAAUAAUGCGUCACAAAUUAGUUCCAUUGAGAGUUCUUUAAGGACUUUGACUUAUGUUUUACCUGGACGUUUUGCAGAUGCCGAGUUUGCAUCAGAAGCGUUAUUUGCUGCGUUGAACUUGAUUGGAUUAUACCAUGAUUCCAUUUUGGCCCGAGCUGCAGAAAAUCUACCACCAUCGAAAAAACCAUCGCCAUCACCUCAUAAUAGAUACACGAGAUAUUGGAUAAAUUCAUCCAAAACAUAUCAACGUGCUUCGCUUGCGUUAACAUUCUUGCAGUAUACCGAUGUUUUAUUAGAAAUGGGUGUACAAAAAAAAUGGGGGAAAGAGAUUAAGUGGAAAUUGAUCAGCAUAAUUGAACUUAUAAAAGUGAUUUGCCGGAUCAUUCUUUUAUACAAAACUCAUGAACGUACUGUCAUUGAACCAACUAUCCCGAGACGAGAAAUUGACCCAUCUAUCUUUAACUCAGAGGACUUAAACAAAUCCAACGGUGAUGCGAUGAAUCACGAACAAAGAGAGUCAGAUACUUGGGUUGGAAGAUACACUAACCGAGUACACGAUAGUAUAUCUAUAGUUCGAAAGGGAUGUGCCCAGUAUUCUCAGAAUUAUGAUGUGAAUGAGUAUUUAAUGGGUAAAGUAUUGAUGGUUGAAGAUGUGCGAAAACCACCAGACUUGAAUUGUCGACCAUUAUCCUUACCAAUUACUUCUAUAAAACACAAAUACCCGGCGGGUACCGAUGGUUAUCAACGUUAG